UGGUCCUUGUGACAUCACAGGGACCCACUCCGGAAACAGUACUUGUGCAUUCUGUCUGAAAGUGUGCUAUUUCUCCAAAGUUGUGCGAGAGUCCUGCCCUGCUCUACAUUCCUGUUGGGUCUCUGGCACGGAGGAAAUGCUGUCCUUCGGGGAUGUGGCCAUUGAAUUCUCUGCAGAAGAGAAGGAAUGCCUGGAGCAUGCUCAGUGGAAUUUGUACAGGGAUGUGAUGCUGGAGAAUUACAGCAACCUUGUGUUCCUUGGUCUUGCUGUGUCUAAGCCACACCUGGUGACAUUUUUGGAGCAAAGACAAGAAUCUUCAGAUGUGAAGGAACAAGCAGCAGCCAUUGUGCACCCAGGAAUAACAUCCAAUGAUUAUAACACUUACAACAAGACCAUUGAUUGCAACUCACUACAUAUUCAACGCCAGAGAAUUCAUACAAAGGAAAAACCCUACAAGUGUAAAGAAUGUGGUAAGGCCCUUAGUUCUCGCUCAACACUUUCUAUACACCAGAGACUCCAUACUGGAGACAAACCCUACAUGUGUACAGAAUGUCAUAAGACCUUUAAUACUCGUUCAUCACUUUUUAUACACCAGAAAAAUCAUACUGAUGAGAAAUCCUACAAGUGUGAAGAAUGUGGCAAAUCAUUUUACUAUCCUUCAAUGCUGAAGCAACAUCAAAGAAUUCAUUCUGGAGAGAAGCCCUACAAGUGUGAAGAAUGUGGAAAAAGGUUUUCUUAUUCUCUACGCCUUCAGGUACAUCAAAGAAUUCAUAGUGGAGAGAAACCAUACAAGUGUGAAGAAUGUCACAAAGCCUUUCGUAAAUACUCAGCCUGUUGGAGACACAUGAGAGUUCAUAUUGCAGAGAAAUUUUACCAAUGUGAAAUGAGUGCACAGGGAUUUAGUAAACCUGCUUUCCUCAUUGGGAACAGGGCAGUUCAUACUGCAGAGAAAGCCUACAAGUGUGAAGAGUGUGGCAAGUGUUUUUGUUCAUCUUCAUCCCUUAUUCGACAUCAAACAAUCCAUUCUGAAGACAAUCCCUACACGUGUGCAGAGUGUGGCAAAAGGUUUUCCUCUCUUGCACGCCUUCAAGAACAUCAGACAGUCCAUACUGGAGAGAAACCACACAAGUGUGAGGAGUGUGGCAAAUGUUUUUGCUCAUCUUCAUCCCUUAGACGACAUCAAGCAAUCCAUUCCGAAGACAAUCCCUACAAGUGUGCAGAGUGUGGCAAAAGGUUUUCCUACUUUACAAACCUUCAAGAACAUCAGACGAUUCAUACUGGAGAGAAAGCAUUCAAGUGUGAGGAGUGUGGCAAAUGUUUUUACUUAUCUUCAUCUCUUCGCCGACAUCAAGCAAUUCACUCUGAAGACAAUCCUUACAAGUGCAAAGAGUGUGGCAGAUGUUUUUCAUCAUCUUCAUCCCUUAGGCGACAUAAACAAAAAAAGAAAAUUCAUUCUGAAGACAAUCCUUAAAAGUGUGGGGAAUUUGACAAAGACUUUGUUAAUCUUUAUAUCCUUACUCAACACAUGAUAUUAGUUCAUACCAGAGAGAAAUCCUACAAAUGUCUUAAAAAGUUUAUUUAUUCAACCCUUAAAACACAUCAAAUGAGUGUGUGAAGUGUCAUAAAAAUCUUUGCUAACAUUUCAGAUCUUUUCCAACUCAAAUAAAUACAUAGUAGAGAAUAUUAAGUUAGUUAUUUUUGAAUGUCAACAGGAAUAUGUAGCUAGAGUUUUCCUGCUUGGCCCACAGUCAGGACAAAUCUCUGUCACCCGAAAGUCCCACAGCUGCUCAGACCCAACCAAGUAAACACAGAGACUUACAUUGCUUACAAACUGUAUGGCCGUGGCAGGCUUCUUGCUAACUGUUCUUACAGCUUAAAUUAAUCCAUUUCUAUAAAUCUAUACCUUGCCACGUAGCUUGUGGCUUACCAGCAUCUUCACAUGCUGCUUGUCAUGGUGGCGGAUGGCAUUGUCUCCUCCUCAGCCUUCCACUUCCCAGAAUUCUCGCCUAUACUUCCAUAUACAGACCAUCCCACAACAGGAAUAUCUAACUUCCAACAGCAAAAAUGUUAAGAAUGUCAUCAAAGAACAGUGGAGACUUCUCUUUGCUCUAACCCCCAACAGUUUGUUCAAGCAGUGUGUUUGAAACUUGCCUUGAUUAAUGAGUCCCUUUCUUCUGUAACUAUAAAUAUUCCAUGAAACCUUUACAUGUCCUAACUUUGUCCACAGGGUUCCUGGAGUCUGAGAUCUGGGCUGUGGCAUAGUUACUGUUGUUUUUCCCAGUGGAGUCAUCCAAGCUCCUGUAAUAUCUCCCCUUGUGUGUAAGAAUCUCCGUCUCUCUGAGCUAGCAGGUUUUCACCCAGCAUCUGGCUCCUGAAUCCUUAUUGGUAAAAUAAAAGGAUAGAGUUAGUUAAAACUACAGGAAGGCUCUUCCGGUCUUAGGCCUCAGCGUCAAGGCAGCAGCUGCAGAGACGCAGUUAUCAGCUGAGGCAGAGAUGGCAUCUGUGCGUCAGAUAAAAAACAACAGUGCCCAUAGAGCAAUAAUGACAGGAAAGUUAUGAGAGUAAUCAAUCACUUUCUGAUUGGAUUUAAAGCUUAUUCCACAAAUAAUAACUGAUGUGAUGCUAAUUUGGUGAUAUACUUUUGCCUGGCUAGAUGAUAAGCCCUAAGGAGAAUUGAAUGCUGUUAUUCUAAUAAGUAGAUAUGAACUAAAUGAACCCAAGUUUUCAUCUUUAUAACCAGAGUCAGGCACCUCUCCACACCCACCAGAAAAUAUUGUGUGGUAGAUGGAGAAUAAUACACAGAUGCAAAUUGGUUGAAGUGUAGGGAAUAUUAGCCUGUGGAGGGCCCUAAUCUAGAAGUGACACCUGUAUCACACAGUGUAAAAGAGGUCCCUUGUUGGGAGCUGUUCAGCCUAGUUUUGGAUCAGCAUAUGACUACCUGUACAAUGGGUUUCCUCAGAACAGGCACCUGUGAAAUGCACUCUCACUUGGUAAGGACCAGUAGUCCACAGGACAGCAUAGGAAUUUGCAAAAUUUGUGCAGCUUGCAGGCUCUUGCAGGCUCUUGUUUUCCUCUCAUUAUAUUGGUGAUGCUUUGGGCAGUUCUUAGUUUUAUGUUGUCAGUCACACAUACAACAACUGUAAUUUUCCCUGGAAAUUCUGUUCCUUUUCAAACACUUUGCCCUAAGAUUCAGCAGGUGGUUAUUGCUUCUUAAAUCCCUUAUCUGGAAUUACUAACUACAAUUCCCAACCCUGGGAACUUUUCUGACUCAAUGAAGAUAGUUAAGUACAUUUGAGAAAACAACCCUUGGAAAAUUAACCAUGUUUCACAGUUUGGGAAAGGAGAACAGAGCAUAUGUACACAGACUCUGAUGAAAGCCUCAGGAAUACAUGUGGUGCCAACUGCUGAGAGUAAGUUCCCUGGAUCGCAAGCAUAGAAUUGUUGGUAGGAUCUCGUGUGCCCCCGGAGGAAAAAAUACAAUGCCAAAUGUGGAAUGGGUAGAUCCAUCUUUACCAUACACAGGAGCUUAUAUUGGUGGAAGAAGUAUGGUAUAGUGAGAUGAGAAAAGAGUGCUUUAUCAAGAUCUGCCUUUUACAGAGAGGUUGAGAUAUGGGACCCGUUUGUACAAAAGGGAGCUGUAUAAAAAUACAUCUUGCAGACAUGAAAGAAUUGUCUGGGUUUGAAUAUUGUUGUCCUUAAGGCAUUGUGUCCAGGCCCAUUGCUUUUUAACUUUGUAGUCACGAGUAGCUGCCAGCUGACAUACAUGCUGUGAGAGCAGGAUGUGUCUCACUCAAUGUUUAAUUAAGCCUGCAAAAAUGCUGAACUCUAUGUCUAGAAUAAGGUUAUGCAGGGGGUGGAAGGUGUAUCUGGGGAAGCAUAAAGGGGAACAAUGGGGGCUUUCAUAAUGAUCACAAUGUAUUCCUUAAAUUGUGAUGUAUUUCUUAAAGUCAAAAAUAGAAGCCAAUGAUGUAACCCUGGUAAGAGAAAACUCUGUUUAAGUAUAAAUAAAGUCAACCUGAGCUA